GAAAGCAAAGUAUGAUUAGUAUACAACCUUCCCAAUGAUUGAUUGAGCUUUGCAUCAAGAAAACUCAAAUUCUCCUUUAGAUUAACAACCCUUUUUCUUUAUUCCAAGUGUGAAAGUGAGUUACAUUCAUACAAAAAUGAAAUCCAUGAACAACAACAACAAUAACAAUGACAACAACAAAAGCAGCAACAACAACAACUGGUUGGGCUUCACUCUUUCUCCUCACAUGAACACAAACUCAACCAUGGAACCUUCUCCUCCUUGUUCUUUCAGUCUCCCAUCUCAUUUCAACUACACAAACAUGUAUGAAGUUGGAGGUGAAAAUGGUGAUGGGAUUUACUCUUCUUUUCCCAUUAUGCCCUUGAAGUCUGAUGGCUCACUUUGCUUGAUGGAAGCCAUCACAAGAUCACACUCACAAGGAAUGGUUAGUUCAACAACACCAAAACUUGAGAAUUUCUUUGGUGGUGUGACAAUGGGGACCCCUGAUAACAACAGUACAAUGUACUACAACCAAAAUCUUGAUCUUGAUCAUCAUGAGGCUCUACAACCCAACCACAGGGAUCACCCACACCAGAUUCAGCCCCAUCACUACCCAGACUACUCUUUGUUCAGACCUUUGUACCAAACUGUACAACAAGAUCAAGUCAAUGAUGACAUCACAGGCAUGAAGCACUGGAUUUCAAGAAACUAUCAUAAUGGGGUUGAUGAUUUGCAGUCACUUAGUUUGUCAAUGGGCUUUGGUUGUGAACAAGCAGCAGCUUCGCAACAGCAGAUCAUGCCUGUUGCUAAUGUUACUGAGUGUGUGGUUGUGGAUAGCAAGAAAAGAUCAUGUGAGAAGCUUGAUCAACAAAAGCAAAUUGUUCAUAGGAAGUCUUUGGACACUUUUGGUCAAAGAACCUCUCAGUAUAGAGGUGUUACUAGGCAUAGAUGGACUGGACGAUAUGAAGCGCAUUUGUGGGAUAACAGUUGCAAGAAAGAAGGCCAAAGCAGGAAGGGAAGACAAGUUUAUCUGGGUGGUUAUGAUAUGGAAGAGAAAGCUGCUAGAGCUUAUGAUUUAGCAGCACUUAAGUAUUGGGGUCCAGCAACUCACAUUAAUUUUCCGUUGGAGAACUAUGAACAAGAAAUUGUUGAGAUGAAGAACAUGUCCAGACAAGAAUAUGUAGCUCACUUACGACGGAGAAGCAGUGGUUUUUCUAGGGGAGCUUCGGUCUACCGAGGCGUUACAAGACACCAUCAACACGGCAGAUGGCAAGCUCGCAUUGGCCGCGUAGCCGGGAACAAGGAUCUUUACUUGGGGACAUUCAGCACCCAAGAAGAAGCCGCUGAGGCUUAUGAUGUAGCGGCCAUAAAAUUUCGUGGAGUUAACGCGGUUACAAAUUUCGACAUAUCGCGUUACAAUGUCAAAAAGAUCAUUGCAAGUAGUACCCUUUUAGCUGGUGAGCUAGCUAGGCGAACCAAAGACGUAGACACUACAACGGAGCUCUUGUCAGACCAACCACCGGCUCAAAAUGGCGAGCCCAAGACCAUAUCAACCGAGCACACUACCAACAGGAACAUGUUGGACUGGAAAAUGACACUCUAUGAUCAAAACCAGACUGGACCAGGGCUCGAUGUGGACGAGACAACUAAACUUGGAGCACAUUUAUCAAACGCUUCUUCAUUGGUGACUAGUUUGAGCAGCUCGCGAGAAGAUAGCCCCGAGAGAAAUUCUUCUCGCGAUGCAUGGUUCCCGACAGCAGCAGCAGCAGCACAAAUGAGAGCUCAUAUCCCAGUCUUUGCUGCAUGGGCAGAUGCAUGAUCAUGAAACUC